CCCACCUUCGCCAUCCCCGCCACACCCGGACUGCCCCCUCCCGCCAGGCCCUGCUGGACCCGGCGCCGUCUCUUCCUCCCUGUCACCCGCGGUCGCCUCGGGCGGGGACCGGUGCCCUGGAGCGCAAAGCCUGACGCUCCCCGGUCCCCCCCUCCCCUCCCCCAUCUCCCACCGCCCAGUCCCCCGGCAGCGAUGAGACAGAGCGGCGCCUCCCAGCCCCUGCUGAUCAACAUGUACCUGCCAGAUCCCGUCGGAGACAGCCUCUUCAAGGAAGGGAAGAGCCCCGGCUGGGGGCCGCUGAGCCCCGCGGUGCAGAAAGGCAGCGGGCAGAUCCAGCUGUGGCAGUUUCUGCUGGAGCUGCUGGCGGACCGCGCGAACGCCGGCUGCAUCGCGUGGGAGGGCGGCCACGGCGAGUUCAAGCUCACCGACCCGGACGAGGUGGCGCGGCGCUGGGGCGAGCGCAAGAGCAAGCCCAACAUGAACUACGACAAGCUGAGCCGCGCGCUGCGCUACUACUACGACAAGAACAUCAUGAGCAAGGUGCACGGCAAGCGCUACGCCUACCGCUUCGACUUCCAGGGCCUGGCGCAGGCCUGCCAGCCGCCGCCCGCGCACGCCCACGCCGCGGCCGCCGCAGCCGCCGCGGCCGCCGCCGCCCAGGACGGCGCGCUCUACAAGCUGCCCGCCGGCCUCGCGCCGCUGCCCUUCCCCGGCCUCUCCAAACUCAACCUCAUGGCCGCCUCGGCCGGCGUCGCGCCCGCCGGCUUCUCCUACUGGCCGGGUCCGGGCCCCGCCGCCACCGCCGCCGCCACCGCCGCUCUCUAUCCGAGCCCGGGCUUGCAGCCGCCGCCCGGGCCCUUCGGCGCCGUGGCGGCCGCCUCGCACUUGGGGGGCCAUUACCACUAGACGGGGCGGCGGGGUGCCACUCGGCCUCCCCCACAUGCUGAGCCUCGCCCGACGCACCCAGGCCCGGGGAGGGGCCCCGGAGCCUCCCUCCGCGAUCCUGGAGCCCAGACGGCCCUCACCAGGCCGCCCCCAGCCCCGGGGCAGACCCCGGUGGCCUCCCCAACUUUCCUGUGACUCUAGACUCGCCCCCUGCUGCACCCGCCCCGGCCCCUGGGGAAGGCGACCGCGCGCCCCCUUGACUCUCUGUCCCUCCUCCGCCUGCCCCUCGCCUAGCCUCGUGACCUUUUCCUGUUUCUGCCCGCAUCCCGGCACGUGGAGGCCUCUCACUGUCCUCCUGCCACCUGGGACGGAGCAGGCUCGGUAGAGGUCAUUCCCGUGGCACUCGCUCCCCGCCCCCCCAGGAGGGCCCGGCGGGGUUCUGUUCCCUUCCAGCCCCCAUUAAAGCUCCCGCGCUGCCCGCC